AACAAAGAAGCAGGGAGGAGAACGGCAGUAAGGAGUUAGAGAAGAGAGUGAAGUGCAUGUGAAAGAGGGAGGAGAGGAGAGGAGAAUGGCAAUGCUUUGUGCCUCAUCUUCUUUUACUACUUCAACAAAACCCUCUUCUUCUUACUCAACAAAGAAUGGAACUAGUAUUAGUCCCAGCCCUUUUGUUGUUGGGUUCUCUUUUUCACAGUCAUGGUUUUCUUUGAGUAAUAGCAGGCGUGGUUUCGAGGUUCGGUGCGAGAAGAAAGACAAGAGCGUCGCCACUCGCGUUCCUCUUGACCAACGCUGGUUGUUUGAAGAAUCUGAAAUUAAUGGCCCUGAUAUUUGGAAUACGACAUGGUAUCCUAAAGCUGCAGAUCAUAUUAACACAGAGAAAACUUGGUACAUUGUUGAUGCAACUGACAAGAUUCUUGGAAGACUGGCAUCAACAAUUGCCAUUUACGUUCGUGGAAAGAAUUUGGCCACUUACACUCCUAGUGUGGACAUGGGGGCUUUUGUGAUUGUGGUAAAUGCUGAGAAAGUUGCUGUAUCUGGUAAGAAGAGGACCCAAAAGUUAUACAGGAGGCAUUCAGGAAGACCAGGCGGUAUGACAGUGGAGACAUUUGAUCAGCUACAACAGAGGAUUCCAGAAAGAAUUAUUGAACAUGCUGUUCGUGGUAUGCUUCCUAAAGGAAGGCUUGGCAGAGCAUUGUUCAACCACCUUAAGGUUUACACAGGCCCAAUUCAUCCGCAUGAGGCUCAGAAGCCAAUUGAGCUGCCGAUAAGGGACAAAAGAAUACAGAUGGAGAGAUAGAUUUGCUUCACAACCCUGGCUUUAGAUAUGGCUAGCGAUCGAUCUUUGUCCAAUGUUUACCAUGGUUGCAGGAUGAGUUUUAGCUUUAUGCAUAGCUUUCUUAUGAAGAUAAGCUUUUCAUUCAUGUUUCUCUUUGAUAAUAGAGGUUAUUGGUGGUGGUGUUGCUUGUCUUUUGCCAAGGUUCAGUGCGGAAUCAAGGAAGUAUAUUUUGUAGGUUUCUGUUGUUUCGGAUGUAUUUUAGCUGGAUCUACAAUUUAUUUUGUAUCACUGGUUUUUUAUUUGCUUAAAUGAAAGGAGUAGAUCGCUUCCGACUA